AUAUGUGAUGUUCUCUUGAACAGUCAUUUGAAACUGCCUAUGGCAAAGUGUACGUUCUUCAAAACCUUUCUUCAACAAACUGUGUUUUAUUUUCCUUCUUUUUUCAUUUAUUUCAAAAAAAAAUUAUAAUAUUUAAUGAAUAAAAAACAUCGAAAAUUCCCAUAGUGCUAAAUUACAUCCUGAACGAUUUCCGGAUGUCUAAAAAUGACGUGGGAGAAUCUGCAUGUGCUACCACUCAGCCUCUUUAUUUUGAUCCCUGUCACUUUUAUUAUCACAUACACUAUAUCAGUUCAGUGGGAUCACGUAGUACCUGGCUUCCCUUACAUAUCGGAGACAGGAACAUUAUCUCCUGAAUCCUGCAUUUUUGCACAAUUUCUUAAUAUUGCUGCUCUUUUACUUGGUUGCUGUGUGUAUAUCAGACAUCGACAAGUUGAACAAUGGCGCAAGGAAAGAGGGCAACAAUUAAUUACUCAAAAAUUAACCGGAUUAACGGCAAUGUGCGGAAUUUUGUCAUGUUUUGGACUUGAUAUUUUAGCCAAUUUUCAAGAAGCGCGAGUCGUUGGUGCCCAUAUGGUUGGCGCAAUUACCUGCUUCACAGCUGGAACUGCAUAUUUUUGUUUACAGACUUAUCUCAGUUAUAAAAUGAUUUUUGCUGUUAAUGGUUGGACAAUUACUUACGUUCGGGCAUGUCUCUCGACUCUUACUAUAAUUUUAACAGUCGCUACGAUUGUCCCUGGCUACUUUUCCACAUUAGAGUUUAAAGGGAAAGAUUACAAAAAAUGGCAACCAACAGAUGGUGGUUGGGAAUGGCACGUUGCUAGUGUUAUUUCAGAAUGGAUACUUGUGCUAAUUUACUGUGCCUUUUUACUAACAUUUGUUCCUGAGUUUCGACAAAUUAAUUUUGAGGCUCCAGUUGUCUCCCUCACCUACUUGGACACAAGAGAGUCGGAUUUACCAAAAGAGAAAUUUAAGAAGACGUCUUUAGAAGUGUAAAUUAUUUUCAUCGAGAUUUUCUACUUUUUUUUUUCAUUUUUUGCUUUUUAUUUUCAUUUGCAAUUUUUCGACUAUUAUUUUUACUUUCAGUUUCAUUUACAAUACAUAUUUGUUA